UGGCAAUUCGCGCACAGAGUCGACCUCCACGAAGCCCUGAAGUCGAAAGCCACCUCCCCCGAGGGACCCGGUACACCAGUCACGAUCCACCUGCGGAGUAAAGUCGUCUCGUGCGAUCCGGCCGCGCCGUCGCUGACGUUGGCGGAUGGAAGCGUCGUGGAGGGUGAUCUGGUGAUUGGCGCGGAUGGGGUGCAUUCUACCCUACGAAGCAUCAUUGCGCAGGAGGACGGAUCACCUCACCCCUCGGGCGGCAGCGCCUUCCGGUUCCUCAUCCCGGUCGCGGCCAUUGACGCGAACCCGGCCACCAAGGAUCUGGUCCCGCGGCCGGGCGAGUUUCAGCUGUGGGAUGGGACGUACAGACGGUUGGUGAUUUAUCCGUGCCGAAACGGCACGGAACUGAACUUCGUGUGUCUGCACCCCGAUGCGGAGAGUCAGCAUAGUACCGAAGGAUGGGACGUCUCCGGCUCGCAGGACCAGCUCCUCAGGAUCUACGACGAAUUCAGCCCUGCCAUGAAAGCGCUGCUGGCGAUGACGGACCCCGACUCCAUCAAGCUGUGGCGUCUGUUGGACCGGAAGGCGCUGCGGACGUGGGUGCGCGAGAAAGCGUGUUUGCUGGGCGAUGCCGCGCAUCCGUUCCUACCGCACCAAGGCCAAGGCGGCGCUCAGGCUAUUGAAGAUGGCGCCGCCCUCGCGGCCCUCCUCCCGCUCGGAACUGGCCCCGACGUAAUCCCGCACCGCCUGCAGCUGUACAUGCAAGCUCGCUACGACCGCGCGACCAUGAUCCAGGACUUCUCGCGGCAG